UAUCGCUUUGCGAAGUUAUAAACAGACUUUGUUUAUCUUGCAGGCUGUUUUGUCGAAAUGCACCGUGACUAGUUAACCUGUGCUUUCUUCUUCCCCCACUCUUUAGUUGUCUUGCUCUUCCUAGCCGUGAACGCUGAGAAGAGUGCUAAACUCUUGCAUUUUCUCCUUAACUCAACAUUUCUGAACUAUUUGCAGUUAAUUUUCAUAAUUUUUGUUCUCCCAGCUGAGACCCUGCAGCAAAAAAGAGUCAGGAGGACUUCAGCUUCCCCCCUGCGUUAGGUGUCAUUUGUCAGAAGACUGGUACAGCACAAACAUUCUGCAGACGUCUGGCUUGCAGUUUUUUGGGGGGGAUUUGUUGCAGCUCGGUAGGAGGAGCACUUCGCGAGGAUUUUUAAAUCGAACACUUGGAGAGCGCCAUGGCGACCGAAGUGGAUACGCGGUCCACCGCUCCGCAAGCCGACGGGACGCUCUUGUUAGAUGACAACCUGGCUGAGGCUAACCAUCCCUACAGUGACGACGACGAUGUGCUGAACGAGGCAGAGGUGAACGGGAACUGGACGCCCCAGGAAAAAGCGCUCCAUGAGGCGCGGCUCAAAGCCAAAGCCAAGCGCCGCCUGCGCAAGUCCUCAUCCCGCAACUCAGCCAGUGAGUCCCUUUCUGAGUCGGGAGAGGUGGCAGGAAGUGACCCACACAGCCCAAAGGGCAAAGUCAACACCAAUGACCGCAAAUCCAGAACGGGCAAGGGCAGGGGCCUUCCAAAAAAAGGCGGGGCAGGGGGGAAAGGAGUCUGGGGGGCUGCUGGGAUGGUUUAUGAAGAUGAAGAGCCUGAUGCACGGGACCCCAACUAUGAUGAAUCUUCCCAGGGGGACACGGUUUAUGAAACGGUUGUGCCAGAGGUGGAUGAGGGAGAGCUGGAAAAAAUGGUCAACCCAAUUGUACGGGAGUACUUUGAACAUGGAGACACAAAAGAGGUCCAGCUCUUGCUGAAGGGGCUCAACCUGGGCCCCCAUAAGUACGAGUUCUCCUCCCUGGCCGUGUCCCUGUCUCUGGAAGGCAAGGCCAGUCACAGAGAGCUGACCUCCCGCCUGCUCUCCGACCUGUCAGGCAAGCUGCUGUCGCAAAGUGACAUGGCCCGCGCCUUUGACAAGAUGCUCAAAGAGCUCCCAGACCUCAUCCUGGACACACCGGAGGCGCCACAGAUGUUAGGCCAGUUUAUAGCCAGAGCCAUAGCGGACCAUGUUCUUCCCAUGUCGUUCCUGGACUGUUACAAGGGCAAAGUGGACUGUGAGCAUUCCAGAGUGGCUUUAGACCGUGCUGCUGUGCUGCUGAAAAUGAAGACGAAGAUGGUUCGUCUAGAUAAUGUGUGGGGGGUGGGUGGAGGCCUGAGACCUGUCAAGCAUCUUGUCAAAGAGAUGAACCUUCUGCUGAAGGAGUACCUGAUAUCAGGAGAUGUGAAUGAGGCUGAGCACUGUCUGCGGGACCUGGAGGUCCCCCACUUCCACCAUGAGCUGGUCUAUGAGGCUGUAGUGAUGGUGCUGGAGUCGAAAGGGGACACUGCCAGUCAUAUCAUGAUCAAGUUGCUCCAGUCUUUCUGGAAAACAGGCCUCAUCACCGUGGAUCAGAUGAACAGGGGUUUCCAGCGUGUCUACGAUGAACUCCCUGAAAUCAGCCUCGAUGUGCCACAUGCCCACUCGAUCAUGGAGACCUUUGUGGACCUCUGCUACCAGGAGUCUGUCAUCACCAAACAGCUGAGGGAUGCCUGUCCCUCCAGAGGGCGAAAGCGUUUUGUAAGUGAAGGAGAUGGAGGAGUGAUCAAGAACUGAGGAGGAGGAGGAGGAGGAGGAGGAGGAGUGUCUACAGGUUCUUACACCCUGUUUCUACUCCGGCAUGUUUUCCUGAAACCAGGCAUGCUGGCAGCCUAAGGUUUCCCUGUUCCUCUCCUGAUAAUGUUGUCAUUACACAAAACAGUGUUGACGUUCAGUGAAAGUAGACUGAUGAGUGACCAGGGCAUUCUGUCCUCUUCAUCUGGUUAAUCACAGUUUUUGAUUUUUUUUUUUUUUUUUUUUUUUUAAGAAUAUUCUUUAUUUCUGGGGUUGGCGUGCCCCUCUUGCCUCAGUUUUUGUACCUGCUAGUCAAGAAUAAAGCAAACCAGAGCUGCAGAGGAAAGACAGGUGCAAUGGUUGGGUUUUAUGGCAGUUUUGUUUCUUGCUUUGCUUCACCUGUCGCCAUUACUCAUUUUUUUAAUGUUAUGUGUUAUAAAGAGAAACAAAAACCCUUAAAAGAGAGCGUUCUGUAAUGUCACCAACAAAUUGAGCUCAAUAACAAUGAUCUAAAACUUUGGUUUUGACAACAAUGAUCAGAAAUUAUUUCAAGGAUAUUGUGUUUUGCACCUCCAGGUUCAAGUGGUUCUGUUGGUCUUUUAUGAGCAGUGGUUCCGGUUCUUUUUUUAUUUUGUUUUGUUUCUUUUUAAUCUUUUUUUUUUGUGGCCAAAUGUUCACUUUGUAAAGCACAGCAGUCAAAGCAAGAUGUGUUCGGGUACUGUUUGGGUGUUUGCUUGAAACUUGCAUUAGGGCAAAAUACUUUGAACGCCCUUUCUGAACACGAGAAUAAAUUGGGGUUGUGUAAAAAAAUAAUUAAACGAGCAAUAUUUUGAGCAUUCUGACUUUGCUUGCAUUUAAAUGAUUCUACAGCCAUAUGCAGCGAUGGAUUCUGGACAGGUAACGCUAAAAUAAAAAGCUUUCAGCAGAGAGCAGAAUUGAUUAGGACAUCUUUAAACUUGAAAGAUGUCCUGUUCUUUUUUUUUUUUUUUCUGGGAAGAUAUAUUAAGCAUAUUCACAUUUUUCUCCACUGUAACAGUUUUACCUGUUGACUAAAGAUGAAGAUGUGAGUAAGAAAUUUAUCUCACUCAUUAAAAGAGGCAACAAAA